AUGACGGAGUCGUCGACUGACCCAGGCGUAGAGCAGACCGUGGCCUCGGCGAACGAUGCUAGCAGCACGUCUUCGCUCCCAGCGGUGCAGAAGACAGACAAUGCAGACGAAAAUCCCCUGGAGCAAACCACGAGCCGCAUCGAAAACUAUCCGACUGGCGUCAAAUUGGGCAUGAUCCUGCUGAGCAUCUACUUGUCCGUCUUCCUGGUCGCGCUGGACAGAACAAUUAUUGCCACCGCGCUUCCCAAAAUCACAGACAAAUUCCAAAGUUUCGGAGACGUUGGUUGGUACAAUGCCGGAUUCCUGUUUCCUACGACAGCCCUCCAACUCCUUUUCGGCCGACUCUAUACCUUUUACUCGCCUAAGUGGAUCUUCCUCACUGAAGUGUUUGUGUUUGAAAUCGGCUCUGCGAUAUGUGGCGCCGCCCCGAACUCGGUCGCUUUCAUCUGGGGUCGAGCGGUUGCUGGCUUGGGUGCCGCAGGACUUUUCAACGGUGCCAUGAUCCUGAUGAUGUACGCUUCGCCUCUCGACAAGAGGCCUCUCUACAUGGGUCUUCUCGGAGCUGUCUUUGGUGUCGCUUCUGUCGCCGGUCCGCUGCUGGGUGGUGUGUUUACGACCAAAGUCUCUUGGAGGUGGUGUUUCUAUAUCAAUCUCCCAAUCGGCGCGGUAGUGCUGGCGUUCCUCUUCUUGGUUAUCGACAACACUGCGCCAGCACUGGGUGAUUUGCCACUGAAAGAAAAGAUCUCACGAAUUGACAUUCCUGGAACGGCGGUUUUCAUUCCCUGCAUUGUUUGCCUGCUUCUGGCCUUGCAAUGGGGUGGUCAAAAGUAUGACUGGUCUAACGGCCGCAUCAUCGCUCUUUUGGUCCUCUUCGGCGUCCUCCUCAUCAUCUUCAUCAUCAUCCAAUUCUGGCGAAAGGAGGCCGGUACGGUACCGCCUCGAAUCGCUAAAAACCGCACAAUUGCGACUGGUGGAUUCUACGCCUUCUGUCUCGGGUCAUCCUUCAUGAUUGCUGUUUAUUACCUGUCGAUAUGGUUCCAAGCGAUCAAAGGCGAUUCAGCAAUCCGGUCCGGAUACUCGACAUUACCAUUUAUCCUCGCCCUCGUCGUGGCAUCCAUUAUGUCAGGAGCCUUUGUCUCGAGGUUAGGGUACUACAACCCGUCAAUAUUGGCAGGUGGCAUCCUAACACCUAUUGGUGCUGGCCUCUUUACACUGUUCACCACUCACACAGCACAUCCUAUGUGGAUCGGUGCCCAGGUCCUGUACGGUUUCGGCGUUGGGCUGGGGCUGCAACAGACUAAUAUCGCUGCUCAAGCUGUUCUGGAUAAGAAGGAUGCCCCAACUGGAGUCUCAUUGGUAUUUUUCUGCCAAGGUCUCGGUGGUACCAUCUCUGUUGCGGUUGCCCAGAACGUUUUGGACAAUAAGCUCAUAUCAGGUCUUAAGGGGAUCGGCAACAUCAGCCCACAUGAUAUUGUCAACACUGGAGCCACAGAGCUGAGGUCGGCUUUCAGUCCUGCACAACUACCGGAGGUUUUGCGAGUCUACAACCACGCCUUAGUGAUUGUGUUCUACAUCGCGCUUGCAUUUUCUUGUGCGGCAAUCCUGGGAGGCAUUGGCAUGGAGUGGAAGACUUUGAAAAAGGAUAAAGCCAAGAAGGACAAAGAAAGCGUACCCGAAAUCAAGGAAGAAGCCAAGGCAGAAUGA